CAUCAUGAUACAUCCCGACGUCUCCAGCCGCUCCCGGCUGGCCCAUGCCUCCAGCGACUUUCCUGAGCAUGUCUCUGCUCUUUUCUAUAGCCCCAACGGAGGGGUCUCGAUCAUUUGAUCCCCUUCCUUCCCCAUCGGCGUCGCAGCCAGCAGCAACACAGUUAUUCCCAACGAGGAAUCAGCUCAGCUACGCGUCGAUCAAGUCACAAAAACACCAUACAAACAAUACUAGCAUAAAAAAUCAAUCAAUUAAAAAGGAGAAGAGGAGGAGUUGUUUCCAUUUCCCUUAGCUCUAGAAAUUUACCUCUGCCACCGCCAACAUGUUCGAAGACGUUGCAACCGAACUUGUUUCCCAAGUGUUUUUCUCAUGUUCUUCUGUUACCGACGUCCUAGCACUCUCGUCGACUUGUCGCCGUUUCCGUAACAUCUACGCCUCAUCCCAGAAACUCGCCAUCCUCGAACACGCCGCCGAAGCCCAAUUCGGCCCACUCCAAGACCUCACCCAGCUACUCACGCACAAUGCCAGCCAGCCAGCACACAUCAUCCGCUCAGUUCCAUUCUCCACCGCGCUGCUCAAGCAGAUUGUACACAGCGGCCGCGUGGCCGAGAAAUGGUGCGACAUCUAUCCCUUCAAGAAAUGGAAGUCCAACUACGAGAAUCGGCGCCUCCUGACAAGCGUCGAGCGAUAUCGUCUACGGCGAGCACUCUACCGUCUCUGGCUCUACACUCGCGCCUUCCAUAACCGAGAUCACCCGCGCGAGCUCCGGGCCACCAAGCUCGUCAUUCAAAAGCGUGCCGGACUUCUCCACAACUGGAGCACGAUGGAGCUCUCCGAGAUUGCCGAUGUUCACGGCGUGCUGCGCGAAGUGCUCCACAGCAACAUCUGCCCCUCUAACGGGACUAUCGCGCGCAAAUUCAAAAAGCGAUAUCCCGACCACAGCGAGCACCACCUCCUCUUCAAUAUCCACCUCAAUUACCCGCCGCCAUCGCACACUCCUCCCGCUUACAACCCAUUCACGUCACAAUACCACUCCCACCCCAGCAGCCUCUCCAACCACUUCCACAGCACCUCCACAUUCGCCUCGCGAUGCGCCUCGUCCAAAUUCAGCCUGCGCGCACAUCACGAGGUCGGCGCCGAGGGCUGGGGCGACGAUAUCCCGCACUACUACGUUGUGGAGGAUAUGCUCAAACUGGACCCAGAGCAGAUUAUGUGGUUGAAAGAGAAUGCGCCGCUGAAGGGCAUGGUGGAGGGCUAUGUGCGCAGCUUAGGUGACUGGUUUGAGAAUAAUGGGGAGACGUGGGGUCAGACGCUGGAGUGGGUGUUGGAGGAGAGGGGUCAAGAUGCUUGUGAGUUUCUUGGAUUGGUGGCAGAUGGAGAGUUGGGCGUUGCUGUGGUGGGUGAGGCUUCGGCGGUGUAAGCUUUUGUGUGUACGUGGGUCAGGUUUUCUUCGAGCAGGUCUGCACUGAUGCACUCUUAAUUUGGCUUUGUUGUUUGUCAUGGUGUGAGGUCUUGUAUAGGUAGCGAGCAAAUAAUACUGUAG